UUUUGAGCCGCAGCCAUUUGCCUACGAGCGCCCUUCAUGCGGUGCCAUGUGGUGCUCGUCCUUGGAGCAGCUCACGCACUGCCGGGAUCAGCGCUGCCACCCCGUCGUGGCCUACGGCAAGGCCAUCUCAGCUCAAAAGCAGAGCGCCGACUGGCAACUGGCAUUGGCCCUGCUCGACGAACUUUCGGUGAAGACAUUGCAAGGCAACGCGGUGGUUUCGGGCGCCACCGCCCACGCGCUUUCCGGCGCGUCCGCUUCGUCCGGCGGUUCGGGCGCUUCCGGCGGCUGGGGCCGACAGCUGGGGCUGCUGACGGAGAUGCGGCAAAGCGGCUUCGAGAGCAGCGUCAUCGCCUGCAGCUCGGUGACCGACUGGCGCCGCUGCGCAGAGCUGCUCGGGGAAGUGAGCCGCGGCACGCUGCGCCUGGACAGCGCCGCCUUCAACGCCUCGCUGCCGAAGGUCCAGUGGCGCAGGGCGCGGCACUACCUUCAAGCCCUGGCUGCGGCAGGCUUGGGAAACCGCACCACGCGCAAUAUUUGCGCUGCAGCGCGGUGGACUGACGCUCUUCUCCUCGCGGAGGACCUGGUGGGCCACAGCAACGCCGUCGCCGGCGCUUCCUGGGCCGUGGCGCAACAACUGCUGGGACACCUCCAGGAGUCGCUGCAGCCUGACCUCAUUGUUUACAACGCCACCAUCUCCGCGUGUGGGCAACAUGCACGUUGGAGAGAGGCUGUGCACUGGUUGCAGUCGCUGCCGCGGCGUAACCUCCGCGCCUCCGACGCCUCGCUGGGCGCUUUCGCCUCGGCGGUGCCCUGGGCCCGGGCGCUGGCGCUGGGGGCGCGGCAGCGGCUGCCGCUGGCGGCGCUGGGGGCAGCGCUCGGGACGUGCGUGAGGAGCGAUAGCUGGGAGCAGGCGCUUUUGAUGCACUCGCAGCUGCGUGAGACAUUGCAAGGGAAUUUGCUGACCUACAACUCUGCUGUGAGCGCCUGUGAAGAGGGCGGCAACUGGGAAUUGGCCUUGGCGCUGAUGGCAGAGAUGCAGGAAGUGGUACUGCGGAUGGAUAUCAUCACCUACAAUUCUGCCAUCAGCGCAGCUGAGAAGUGUGGCAGAUGGCAGGAGGCCGUGGCGCUCUUGUCGGAGCUCCGGGGGAAGGAGCUUCGAGGCGACGUGGUCACCUACAGCAGCGCGAUGAAGGCCUGCGGCCACCGAUGGCAGCUGGCUUUGUCCCUCAUGGCCCGGGAAGAGCUGGCGGAGCCGAACGCCAUCGCCUGCGCGUUGGCGGUGGCUGCCUGUUGUCGCGGGAACCUUCGUGGCGCCUGCCUGCUGCGCCUCGUGCAGCUGCAGCGCCUGGGCACCCGGGUCCAAAGCUCCUACAACAAGGCCAUCACAGCAUGCCGCGGUGAUCAUUGGCAACAUGCCCUGGUAGUCAGGCGGCGAUUGGAGUUCCUCGGGGACAUUGACAUUGUCAGCGACAACGCGGGACUCAGCGUGCUCCGUGCCGCGGGCAAGUGGGUCAUCUCCCUGCAGCUGCUGGCAACGACACAACUCCGCCGCUUAAGCCCCAGCAUCGUGAGCUUCAGCUCCAGCGGCGGGGCCUGGGCCCUGGGCGCCGCGCUGCUCGAGGAGGCGGAGAAGCGCCACCUGCGCCUGGACGCGCGGGCGCUGCAAGGCGGCCGGUGGCAGCAGAUCCUCCAAUCCCUAGACCUGCUGCAGCCCAACAGGUUCUUGUUCAGCGCCGCCAUGGGCUCUGACUGGGGUCGGUCUCUUCUGCUGCUCAGGCGCCUGGAGGAGAGCCACUUGCAGCUUGACGCGGUACCAUACCAAUGUCAAAGCCCCUGGACUACGGCCCUGCAACUCUUUGCCGCAGGGCGUCAGCAAGGCCUGGCCCCCGUGCUUCCACUUCGCUCAGCCGCGAGCGGCUGGCGGUUGCUCCUCUUCCUCGGUGAGCAGGACGCGGCUGCACGGAGCUGUGUGGAGCACGCGCAGUGGCGCGAGGCGUUGCUCCUGAUGGAAAAGCAAGCGCUGCGACCGGAAGUGUGUGUGGAGGUGGUUAUUGCCUGCUGCCAGCUUCAACAGUGGCAGCAGGCCCUGCAUUUGCUGUCCACCAUUGACCGAAGAUCUGCUCUGGUGGCAUACCACGCCUUGGCCAGUUGCUUGCCGACUUCAGACUGGCCUACGGCACUGCAAGUUGUUGCCAGGCUUGGUCCAAGCGCCUUGCAGCAAGAUGUGGUGUCCUACAACACGUUGAUGAACUUGUCAAGUUGGCCAGCAGCAUUGGUGUUUCUGGCAGAGCUGUCAUCCCGUGCGCUGCGGAGCAACCUCAUCACCUGCAACACGCUGAUCACAUCGGACGCACGCCACUGGCCGUACGCGCGCGGUCUCCUCACCCACUUCAAGGCUUCUGGCUUGCAGGCAGAUGUGGUCAGCUACAAUGCGGCCGCCUUCGCAUCACCCUGGCGCCAGGCGUUGUCUCUGCUGCGUGCCACGGCGGCCUCCACUCUGCGCCUCACCGUCGCCAGCUGCAGCACCGCCAUCGCGGCCGCGGACUCCUCCGAAAGCGCGUGGCGCUGGGCGCUCUUGCUGCUGCUGGAGGCCACGCGCCGAGCCCUGGACAGCCUGGUGGCGCAGAACGCUGCCACCGGCAUCGUGGCCAAGGCGUCGUGGCCCUUUGCCUUGGCGCGGCUGGCGCCCAGCGAGGCGUCCUUCGGCGCCAACUUGGGGUGCAGCCACUGGAGCCGCAGCCUGCAGCUGCUGAAGCAGAGCGCGUUUUCGGCCACGCGGCCCAACCUCAUCAUGCACAACGCCGCAGCGGGCGCCUGCGCACGUGCGAAGGGGCGGCAAAGCGGCGCCUGGCGAGCACUGCUGCUGAGCUUGCGGAGUGACCUGACGAAUUUGGUCACGUUCAGCGAGGGCAUUACUGCCUGCAGUCACCAGCUGCGCUGGACACAGGCGGCGGCCCUGCUGUCGCGCUGCUUGUUGCAGGGACUGCUGCCGGACCUCACCAGCCGAAACGAGGUCAUGGCCGCCUGCCGCGGCGCGGGCGCCGCAGCGGCGGCGCUGCGCUGCGGCGCCGGCAAUGCCGUGGGCCACGCCUUGGCGGUGGAGGCCGCCCAGGAGGAAGCCUUCGCCGCCAACGCCGCGAACGCGGCCUGGGCUGCGGCGUGCAUGCAACUGCUGCAGUCCGCCGGCCUCGCGGCGGCGCGGACGGUCCAAAGCAUCCGGUCCAGCCCCAUGGGACAAAGCUAA